GUGCGAUUUAUUUAUUUCUUCAAGACCUACUCUGUGUCCCUCUCAAAACUCAACUUUCACAGCAGAAAAAUGGCCUUUUCUUCAAAUUGGUGGCGUGCGCCAGUCUACUUCACCGUCUCGGUUUUGUUAGCUUUCCUAGCAAUCUCCACAGCGAUACAUUUACUACCAAAAGAUGAACCACUACCGACCAAAUCGACCACAGCACCACUCUUUUUAGAAGCCUCUGCCGCUCUAAGAAGAACAGGUAAUUUUAACAUCAUAGCCGCCCUCCUUCAAAUCACCCCUGAAAUGUUCAUUUCCUCUCCACACUCCACAAUCUUUGCAAUCCCGGACUCUUCCAUUGCAAAAUCCUCUCACACUUUUUGGCUCUUGAAGCAUCUUUUCCAAUAUCAUGCCUCUCCUCUUCAGCUUUCCAUGAAUGAUCUCUUGAAGAAGCACCAAGGUAGUUGCUUCCCUACCAUUCUUCAUGGAAAGAAUGUGGCUAUAACGAAGGUUGAUGCGAGAGAAAGAGUGGUAGAGAUCAAUCAUGUGUUGGUUUCCCAUCCGGAUAUUUUUCUUGAAGGGCCCUUAACAAUUCAUGGUGUUCUUGGUCCAUUUACCUCUAUGGAUUCUCUAUAUGGUGAUCGGAGUUGGGAUCAUAUUCAAGCACCGAUAUGUGAUUCUAAUCUUAGCUUGGUUUCAGAGGUUACUGAUACCAAGAAAAUGGUUGAAUGGAUGCAUAUUAUCCAUUGGCUAAGCUCCAAGGGAUUCGUUUCGUUUGCAAUUGGCCUGAAUUCUGUUCUUGAUGGGAUUCUUGACGAUCAAAUGAACUUCAAUUCUGUUACUGUCUUUGCUCCACCGGAAUUUUCGUUUGUAGCAUCUCCUUCAGCUUUGCUUGAGAAAAUAGUAAGGAUUCACAUACUACCUCGAAAGUUCACCUUUAUGGAACUUGCUUCUUUGCCUGUUAAUGCAUCACUAAGUACUUUAGUUCCUGAUCAUGAUCUGGUGAUAUUGGGGGGUGUCAAUAUUACACAAGAAUUGAUCAUUAACGGAGCUAAGAUUGUUGCACCAAAUAUCUUUCAAUCCAAGAAGUUUGUGGUCCAUGGAAUUUCUCAAGCUUUCGAGUUGGAUGAGAUUCCUAAUUAAAACCUCCAAAUAAGUGCAGUUGUAUAGUCAAGAGGGUCGAGGCUUGUUAAGUCCAUUCUAAGGAGCAGACCUGAUUUUCCCAUGUUUUUUGAAGCUCCAGAUGAAUAAUCCUUUGAUUUCUCUUCAAGAAGUUGUAGUAACGUUGGCUUCCCUGAACUGGAAGAACUGGAACUGCAUUAUGCAGGUACCGGAGACAAGAUUAAAAAUCUUUUCACUGAAACAUUAUCUCCGGAAUAGUGUGAUAACAUUAGUUGGAUCAGGAUCUCCUCUCUCUCUCUUCAAACUUUGUAUUGGUUGGGGCAUGAGAUUACUCAGAAUUGUUCUAUAAAGAGCUUCCUAAAUUUGCGCACUUGCCACAUUUGUUUUUGUUCAUGUUCAUGUCCUGCGCAAAACAAAAAUAGCAUUCUUCA